AGUAGUGGCGUAUCUCCGAGUUGAAGGAACAACGCAUAUCGAGAACAUUCCCACGCUUAUAGUAAUAGUCCCACACUCUGUGCAAGCUGCACAGCUUCUAUAGCUUUCUAGCUGUCUUAAUUGCAAUCACCUUUUUAUCUUACUUCGUUUGCACUUUCACGAAAGACGGUCACGACUUUUAUGCCCCCCAGUUUUACCUUCAAAGUUGCAACGAGACUGUCAAAUUUAUUCGCAAAAAUGUCUCGUCGGUCUCGUUCUCCUUCACCAAUUAUUGGUCCAUCCUCCUCUCGACUUCUCAAGCGACCACGACUAGACUUCACUCCCUUGACACCAGAGGACUAUAAAGAUGGAGUUAUGCUUGCACCUAUGGUCAGAUCUGGCGCAUUGCCGACGAGAUUAUUUGCUCUGAAGCAUGGAGCUACUCUCGUAUGGGGUCCAGAGGUUGUGGACAAAGCUAUUUUGCACGCCGAAAGGGCCGUCGAUCCUGUCACUGGGGUUGUCUCGUACAAUGGAAAAACAAGAGCUAUCUUCAUGACGCACCCCCUCGAAAAACCGUACUUGAUAUAUCAGAUGGGAUCAGCGGAUCCAGAGCUUGCUGUUCAAGCUGCGCGAACAGUCAUGCAAGAUGUUUCAGGAAUCGACCUAAACUGCGGCUGUCCUAAACCUUUUUCGACACAUUCAGGAAUGGGUGCUGCAUUGCUCACGAAUCCUGACCUUCUUUGUGCUAUUCUUUCCGCGCUCCGUGCGGCUCUACCACCAGAAAUCAGUCUCUCUUGCAAAAUCCGGCUGCUGCCUUCACAGGAAGAUACCCUCAAGUUAGUCGAGAGGAUUGUAAACACUGGGAUCAAUGCUCUUACUGUACAUUGUCGAACGCGGAACAUGAGAGCUCGAGAGAAGGCUCUGGUACAACGGUUAGGCGAAGUUGUUAAGUUCGUUCAAGGUUUGGGCAAAGGUGUUGCAAUAAUUGAGAACGGCGAUUGCGUCGGCUGGGAGGACGCCAAACGGAUACGAAAGAUGACAGGUGCCCACUCUGCUAUGAUUGCGACUGCAGCCGAAGCAAACCCCACAUGUUUCGCCCCCGAACCGCUUGUUGACCUCGAAAAGACCUUCUACCCUCCAUAUAUCCGAGUUGCCAGAUACCUUGAUAACCACUGGGCGCUCACGAAAUUCUGCACGACUCAGUUCAAAGGCUUGCAUGUACACAGCAACAAAGCAGAGAUGAAGACUAUCAAGGAGAAGGUCAUUCAUGCCAAGGGUUAUGACGACAUGACCGACUUCAUCUCCCAAUGGAAUGGAGGAGAGGAAUUUGCGGAGAUAGUAAAAGUCCUCGAAGCACGGGUCGGUCGAAGGCCGAAACACCAACUAGAAGACCCAGAUUGGUUGGCUUUGAACGAGAAGCGCAAGGAGAGCGAGGCCGAUGCAAAGGCCAAUCCUCGGCCACAGCUUCCGCUUGCGAUUCUAUCGUCAGACUCGUUAGGGACAGAACCAGAGCUUCUUAAAACACCACCCACAGCCUCAAUAUCGCCGAACCCUGCACUUCUGCGGGCGCCUUUGGCACCCGCGAAUGACAUGCGGAUACCGAUACCUGCAUGUGUAUCCGGAAAGGACGCUGAUACCCCUACCCCUACACCACCGCUCGGGAAGACUACUUCAGAAAUUUCCACUUUACACCUGUGAUUUAGAGUUUGUAUAGACGGACUUGUACAUGUAGACAAAGUGUUUAUUCAUAAUACUCAUAUCCAUAUUCUCAUAUCAGACCAUACAAAGAUACUAGUUGCAUACAUACAUAUCGUUAUCACCUACCCAUCUUGGAAGCUGAGAUGGUUGAAUAUCGUCCAACA